GAGCCUCUCGCCACCAUCGCCGGGGGAAUUCGUUCUUGAGUCCCGCAAAUACCUUCACUUGCUCCUAGUCAAGUGGUGGCCAUUUCUAUCACACGUAACCUCUCCCUCUCCCCCUCUCUCCUUUAUCCUCGUAGCUUUCUGCGAUUACUAACUUGGAGGUGUCGUCAUCUUCCGUAUUCACAGACUCGAACAGUAAAUUUAUCCACUGAGUCAGAUUUAUUCUACCAGAGCUUUCUCUUUACUCCUCGACCGAAAACACCCUCACCGGGUUGGCCGAAGCUCCUUUUUUUUUUCUUCCCCAAACAAAAAAUAAAAUAAAAAAUAGGGCUUGAAAUCGUUGGGGAUUUUUACUUGAUAAUUAGGAAGGGCAAAGGGCUCCAGAAACUUCAUUUGACGAUCGAAUCGUUCCAUCAUAUCCCGGCGGCUACUUCACUUGGCUUGGUUUCAUCUUGCCCCAACGCCUCAACUUUGUCGCUUGGAUUUUUGCUGUUUUUCUUUUUCUACAUUUGCUUACCAUCUGGGGCCUGGCUUAGUCGAUCAAGGUAUUCCGGAGGGUCCAUACCGGCCAAAUUUGUGCAGAGCGACAGGGAGGGUUGUUUAACUUCAACCGAGUUGCAGUUAAGAUAUGACUACGGCAGCACCGGACGGUCUUUAUCUUUCCCCGGAUCAGCAGGAUCUCUUGCUCGCCGCACUUACAUCUAAUUCUUCAUCCUCCCCAAUGUUCAACACUCCUUCCCUAUCCCACCAUAUCUCCCAAUCCAUAUCCUCGAAUCGUCGUUCGCUGCCACCGCAAUCACACGACACCCCGGACUCGAUGGGCUCACAGUAUGGGAAUGGGACCCCGCCCCCAACAGCGGCCCUUACCGGCAGUUUCUCGGAUGGCACACCGUUGAUGGGGGAAUUAGAGUAUCAAGAUUGGGGCGAGGAUUUGGAUGUUGAUAAUUGGGAUUAUGACUUGGGGCUUCAGGUUGGCGAUGCCGACAAGAAUAUGGAUAGUUAUGCUGGGACUCCAGCCUCGGCAUCAAAUAGUGGUGGUGAGAAGGAUGGUGAAAAAAGAAAAAAUCCACCGGAGGCUGAAGAUGGGAGCCCGAGUGCUGACCCGCAUGACGCUGAACCGAAAAGGAGAGGUGGGUUUUUCCAUUUUCCACUCCUCUGCCCAUUGCACUGUACAGACUUGCAUUUCACAAAUAUAAACCAUAAAUUCAUCAAUCCAUUUAUCCCUAUUGUUUUAAAGAUGCUGCACCAUCUCAUAGCCUUGAAUUUCAUUCAACCCUUUUUCUCUUUCAUUGUAAUGCCCAUUGUGCAGCAAGCCUUGAUCCCACUCUUAUUUGCCCCGGACGUAUAUCUAGCCCGGCUAGAAAUGUGUUUAGGCCCUUGGGUUGUGAUCGGGUCGGCCUGACGAGGUCUAAAACUAAUAGUUGGGUUGUUUCCUAGGAACAGAUGACAAGACAGCAAAGAAACCUGGUCGUAAACCGCUAACCUCGGAGCCGACUUCAAAGCGCAAGGCACAGAAUAGGGCGGCUCAAAGGGCCUUCAGAGAGCGGAAGGAAAAACAUCUCAAAGACCUUGAGCAAAAGGUGGAAGAUUUAGAGAAGGCAUCGGAGUCGGCCAACCAUGAAAACAGCCGCUUGCGUGCACAGGUGGAAAGGUUGCAGAUCGAGGUCAAGGAGUACCGGCGACGAUUACAUACCGUGGGGCAAAGCGGAUCUCCGCCGCUUGGUGCAUCGAAGCUUCUUAGUAAAAGUGGUGCUGUUGGCACUGGCGGUUUCCAGUUCGAGUUCCCGAUGUUUGGUAAUGGCCUCUUCCUUCGAAAUGGCGAGAACAAUUCGGGGUUGAAGUCGGGUGCAUUGCUCGACCGGUUGAAUGCCGCUGGAGGGACGCUGGCUGCGUCCGAAGAGCUCAAGAAAUCAAUCACCGGUACGAAUAAUGGUGAGAACUGCGAGCUGUCGCUGGUCUAAUAGACUGGUAUUGCUGUUUUGGAAGCGGGGCUAAUCAGAUAUCUCGGUUACAGGCUUUGGUCGGGACCAGAACAACGAUUCGUCGUCAAGUUUGCAAAAUACCCCUCGCCUGAAUGGUGGCCAGAACUGCGUUUCUUCACCAUCUGCAUCGUCAGUAUCGCAGCAUGGCCCCGGCUCAUCUGCCGGAACCAGCCCUGAGCCAAUGAACAGUACGGCUGAAGGGACAAUCAACAAAUCACCGAGCGGCGAAAAAUACAUUUGUAAGAGCGGCCCGUUAGACGGCGAGACGGAAACAACAUUCUGUGAGAAAUUGAGUAUGGCUUGUGGAAACCCACAUAACCCAAUUCCAAAAGCUGCCCAACUGAACAGCUCCUCCUCCUCGUCAUCAACCGCCACGACCACGAAUGCCAACAACAUCUCCGCAAAUACAUCCUUUGGCUGGCUGACACAGCAAAACGGUGGCAACUUCGACCCAGUCCUCUUCAACGACUACCGUGAACCUGUAAACGACAUAAACAGCGGAAUCAACAUGUCCUUCUUUGAUGACGCUUUUGCAAUACCCCAGACAUUCAGUACGGACCUCGGCUCACCCCUAAACCUCACGCAAACACCCAAAAAGCUGGACCUCCUUGCGGAAAUCGACCAGAUCAACGACGCAGACUUGGAUGAGGAGGAAGAGGAAGUCGUGCCGGCAGACGACCCCAAGCAAAUGCUCUCUUGCAAUAAGAUAUGGUAUAGUUCCUCUCGCUCCCCCAUCGCUGGAAUACCAACAAUGUUGCGGUGCGGAGCUAAGACUAAAGCAAGUGAUGAAAAUAGGGACCGUAUAAGUAACCACCCAAGGUUCGUGAGUGGGGAGCUGGACAUGGACGGGCUCUGCUCCGAGCUUAGGAGUAAGGCGAAGUGCUCAGAGACGGGCGUGGUGGUUGCGGAGACGGAUGUGCAGGAGGUAUUGACGAAGGUUGGGGUUGCGCAUAGGGAUAUCUUGGAGUGA